AAGAACAUGAUCAUGAACAAACCUGGGGUUUAAGAUGCUGAUGCUGAUGUGGAUUACAGUGGUGCUUUUUAGUCAGACUGUUUCUGCACAAAAGAACGUCGUCCAUCAGCCGAACCCGGUGAUCUCUGCUGCUUCUGGUGAUAACGUGACUCUACAGUGCUUUCGAACAAACAAGGGAAGCACUGAAACCAUCAUUUGGUACAAACAAGCAGCAGGUCAGGAGCCUUGUGUAAUGGUCACAGUGCAAAAACUAUCACUGGAUCCUAUUUUUGGAGAUGAUUUCAAAUCGCCAAGGUUUACUGUUGAGGAUUUAAAAGAAAGCUGUAAUUUGAAAAUUACUAACGUGGAACCGUCAGACGAAGCCGUGUAUUACUGUGGAUUAAAAAUGAUUACAGUAGAGUUUGGAAAAGGAACAUUUUUAUCAGUGAAAGGUAAUGAAGAUGUAAAAGUGUCGGUGUGGCAGCGUGCCGUGUCGGACUCGGUUCCUGCAGGAGCCUCAGUGACUCUGCAGUGCUCGGUUCUCUCUGAGAGCAGAGCAGCAGAACUCCAAGUGCUCUGGUUCAGAGCUGCUCCACCACAAUCCCAUCCUCAAAUCAUUUACACUCAUCACAACAGCAGCCAUCAGUGUGAGAGCGGCUCUUCUACACACACCUGUGUGUACACCUUCACCAAGAACAUCCUCAGCCUCAGUGAUACUGGAACUUACUACUGCGCUGUGGCCCUGUGUGGGAAGAUCAUAUUUGGGAACGGGACACCAAUAAAAUUGAAAGAAUCUGUGGAUCCUGUAGUGAUCUGCCUCGCUGUAGCUUUGGGAGUGUGUGUGAUGGUGAUCUCUGUUCAAGCUCUUUUAUUCUGUAUUUGGAGAAACCAUGAACAACACAUAAAAAGAGAAACCAGUGUGAAAGGGUCUGAACAAACAACCUCUCAGGACCAUGACAGUGAGCUGAAUUACGCUGCCUUACAUUUUAAUAAUAAGAAAACCAAAGGAGAGAGAAGAACGAGAAAACAAACUCAAGACUCUGUGUACUCUGAAGUCAGAUCUCUCACCACAACGUAGAUUAUACUUCAUCAGUCAUUCAUUUUGUUUGUG